AUGACCUUCACCAAGCUCGAGAGCCUGGAUGUCCAGCAGCAGGAAGACGAUGGCGGCGGCGCUGUCUACAGACGAAUCGCAUCCGACGAUGGCAAUAUGGACGAUGACAUAGAAGACCACCACAAGGAGAAGCGCUCAACGUCGGCGUCGUCGUCGUCGUCAUCGUCGGAGUCGUCUCUCCAUAGCUUUUCCGCUUCUUCCUCUCGGGACGGAGAAACUGUGCCUGAAACGUCCCGUAUCCUCAGCAAUGCUGCUCAAUUACUAUCUGCUCAAGGAUCUUCCACUUGGCAAGCGCACAUGGACCCCCGCGUGGACUUGAAACUACUGAGUAACCACUUUCGAGACGAGCGAUUAGAGGAGUCGUAUCAACUCUAUUCUUCUACUGUGGACUUCCCAGUCGCGCGUCGACUCAUGCUGGCUCUCGUGGCUUUUGAAGGAGCUGCCUAUUUUCUAUAUCAUAAGCUGAAAGAGGUGUGCAUCUCUCCAACAGGAAACGACUAUACGUGGGUGGACAUCGUCGCGUCGUUGUUACAGGAGACACCUCUGUCGACGCUUAAUGAGACUGAGACGAGCUGCGUCUUCUAUGUCGAGCCUACCUCAAAAGACACAGGACUCACGUGGCUACUGUGGAGUUUUGCGCCCUUUGCAGUCAUUUAUGGUAUAUUGCCAUUGAAGUAUUUUGAAGGCAGUAUGAGUCUACGGAUUGGGGUUUACUAUAUCCGACGACAUUGGAAAUUGAUUGCCACGCUUAUUGUGUUGUGCUGGUCUGUUGGACUGGCCGUGUUCGUGCACCAUGUAUUGGUCGGGAUGAGAAAAAACUUCCAGCAGAGCUUAGCGAACGGAAUGGUCUGCGCGACUGAUACGUUGGUGCCUUUGUCAUGGUACAGUAUGUCCCAAUGGAAGAAAAUCUUGGGAUCGCAUGAACAAAUGACUAUGCUGUCGUGGCUCCAGUUGUACGAUAGCAAGCUGGCGUACUCGCUUCUCAUGGGUGUCUUGGCAGUGCUGGCCGCUUUUGCUGGUAUCGUCGCGGUGGCAAUGAAGCUGGACUUUACUCAUGUGCUGCUGCUGGCUGUGGCGGAGUGGGUUACUACGCUGAUGUUGUGUUUUCUGGGCGCAACCCCAAUGAUUCUAUCAAGUCGACGUGUAAUGAGUUACGAAGCAUUUCUUUUUUUCCUGUGCGUAUUUCUACCCACCUGCUUUACGCUCACAGCUACAUACUCUGAGGACCGUGCUGCACGUAUGGCGUACGCUUCCAAAGUGCGUGCUGAGCGUAUCAACACAACACUGAAACUCGAUCUUUCCGUGAAGCAGUUUGGUCUUGAAAAUCGAAACACCAUGACACGAGAUGAGAAGGAAGCGUUAAAGCAAGCGCUGUGCGCCACUGGAGACAUGGAAUUGAUCAUGACAGUAUCCAUCCCGUUCGCUGAUCUGAAGCUGAAAGAAAUUAUCGCCAAGACGCCGAAUGGUGAGGUCUUGGUUGGCGAAUAUCACCAGACGGAGGUCGUGGUGAAGCGGCUGGCGCAGUCAUGUUUAGUGGCUGAUGGCCUUGCUGCAUUCAAAGCCAAAGUGGAACUGCUGGCAUGUCUACGGCAUCCAAACAUUGUGUUGUUCAUCGGCGCCACCUUCGACAACCUAUCGAAUGUCGGACUUGUCAUGGAAUACCUAAAACGAGGCGACGUGCUCUCAUUGCUGCGCAGCUCUAUCGCGCUAGCCUGGAGUGAUCCUUUGUUAAAGAUUGCUACCGAUGUGGCACAAGGGGUAUCGUACUUGCAUAAUUGCGACCCACCGCUCGUGCAUCGUGAUCUAAAGUCUUCAAACCUGCUGUGUACACGCACAUAUUCAUGCAAGGUAUCAGAUUUUGGCGAGUCAAAGCGACAACUACUACCUGGAAAACUGUUUAGUACUAUCGUGGGCACACCGUACUGGCUGGCGCCCGAGAUCCUGCGCGAGGAGCGCUACGACACGCAAGUGGAUUGCUACAGCUUUGGCGUAAUUCUUGUAGAGCUCGAGACUCGGCAUGAACCCUAUCAUGACCUUCCCAAGAACUACACGACGAUCGACAUCAUGAUGAGCGUGUCGCGCGGAGCUUUGAGGCCAACGAUCCCGGUUUCGUGUUCACCAUGCCGUCGUAAACUCAUCACACGCUGUUUAGACAACGAUCCGGGACGCCGCCCAAAGAUGACAGAGAUUCUAUACGCACUGCAGCAUGAAGUUCGUCAAGAGCUGCUGGACCAAAACUCGAUGGACGUCGUCAGCGAUAAGCGUCGGAUGGUGCUAAUGCAGCAACACCAGAGGCUCAAUCGACGCGGGCUUCAGAACCUCAUGCAUGCCCAUGACGAUGACACUGGAUAA